AUGGCGCCUGGGUAUGGGCAUGGCAAGCGGAAGCGCAAUGAGCGCUCGUGGGGUGGCGAGUCAGGGAGCAAUGACCUGCGACCUUCACCCCAUCGCCCUGGAACGCUCAACAUGGCACACCACCCUACCAAUCCCGGACACCAGUCCCCCACUCCCCGGGAGCAAAACGACACGCGUGACAGAUCGCGCCGACAAUCGCAUCGUAGCCGGGCUGGUUCCCGUCGUGGAUCAUAUGAAGGCCAGAAUUUUUCGACCUCGCAGCAUAGAGAACCGAAUGCUAUGUCUCCUCCCCCAAUAAAUCAGCCCAGGGAACCUGCCGAACCCUUGCCGCACAAUGGCGACUCGGCCACGUCGCAACCUACCCCUUCUCCUGCGCCGAAUACUCCUUCACAGCCACAACCUAACCCACCGUCUCGAGCUGGCUCGGAGACUAUCACCCGCCAACCUUCUCUCCCACCCCCACCUUAUGACUAUGAAUAUGUGACGGAUAAUGCUGUUGAAGAGUGGACUCUGACGGGCAAGCAAAGUGUAGUCAAAGAAGGGACUACGGCUCGCCUGCAACAGGACCUGUCUCGGCUUGCAUCUGUCUACCAGGAGCUAAUUCACUCCGCAAACUACGGUCGACUGUCACCAUUGAAUGCGGGAACUGCUGUAAAAGAGAUUAUCGGAGAAGAAUCUGUUUCUCGGGAUGUGGAUAUGGAGACAGACAACGGAAAGCCCUUGACCCAAGGAAUCGACCCGCGCUCCUUGUUCCUCGAUACCCUUUCCAUCGUGACUGACGCUGAUACCUCGAAUGCGGCUCUCAAACCAUUUGUAUUUGCGACAGGCAUUGAUCCUUCUUUGAUGCGUCUUCAGCUUGAAACCCCAUUGUUGCAGGCCUUGGGAUUGGUUCGCGAAACCUUUGCGCGAAUGGGAAUUCGAAAGCAGACCAAUCUGCUCUACCGACAAUCCAAUUACAAUCUCCUGCGGGAAGAAUCUGAGGGAUACUCGAAACUUCUCACUGAGCUGUUCACCACAAGCAACAAUGAGCCACCGUCGAGCGAAGUGGUCGAGGAUACAUUUGAAAGAGUCAAGGCUAUGAUUGGCGCAUUCGACAUGGAUGUUGGUCGUGUGCUAGAUGUCACACUGGAUGUGUUUGCCGCGGUUCUUGUCAAGCAAUAUCGUUUCUUCGUGAAGCUUCUGCGAGCCAGCUCCUGGUGGCCGAAAGAAGACAUCUUCCACGGCCUAGAGCCUGGCUGUCGCCACUCUGGUAUUCCGAACUGGGCACUUCCUGGAUCAACUGGGUGGAUCACAACCGAUGAGGAGCGAUCCAGUAUCAUGCGCGCGAACGAAGAACGCGAUAGCCAAUUCUGGGAUCGAGUGAGGGAAAUUGGACUUCAAGCCUUCUUCGAGAUCGGCCGCAAACCGAUCUCGGGAGAAGAAAUGCAACGCAGUCUUUCAGAAAAUAAUGGUUCAUCUUUCGAAGAAGAUGCUACACGAUCAUGGCUGGAAGAGACUGGCACCCUACCUCCAAAGGGCAAUCGGGUUGCAGCACAGCUGCUUGGUUUCAAGUUGCGAUUCUAUUCUUCUUCGGCUCGAACUAAGGCCGACGUUCUCCCCGAUAACCUCAUUUACCUUGCCGCCCUGCUCAUCAAAGUUGGCUUUAUCUCUCUGCGUGACCUUUAUGCUCACCUCUGGCGAUCCGACGAGGCUAUGGAGACUUUGAAGACCGAAAAGAUGGCAGAGAAAGCCGAAAAAGUGAGGUCUGGCCGACCAGGUGGCGGAAUGAACGCUUUGAUGAUGGCCGACCAAGAAUCCGACAAGAGCACAUCCAAAACGGAGAAUGAGUUGCCGGACCCAUCAGACCAGAAAGUGUUGCUCCUCAAGAGUCUCCUCGCCAUUGGUGCCAUUCCUGAAUCCCUUUUCGUCAUCAGCAAGUUCCCCUGGUUGAUGGAGGCUUACCCUGAGCUGCCUGAGUUUAUCCACCGCAUACUCCAUCACUCUUUGAACAAAGUUUACGUCCAGUUCCGACCAUUGUCAUCUAUCGAUGAUUUCCCUGGAGCUCAAUACAUAGUGACCUCCGAUCAGAACAGCGCGAAGGGUCAGAUUGGACUUACACCCCCACCUGCGAGACGAGUUCUGCGAUGGGCUCAACUGGAUAAAGAAGACACCAACGAUGGCACCGACUAUCGAUUCUACUGGGAUGAUUGGGCUGAUAACAUCCCCGUUUGUCAGUCUAUCGACGAUGUUUUCGCUCUUUGCUCAUCUUUCCUCAACCUUUCUGGUCACAAGAUUGGACAAGACGCCAGCCUCUUGGCGAAACUUGUACGCAUUGGCAAGGGAAGUUUGAUUCAAGACGGAUCUGAAGAGAACAGAACACGUUGGCGCGAUCUUUGCAAGCGUCUUCUCCUACCUGCUGUCAGUCUGACAAAAGCAAAUCCUGGUGUGGUCAAUGAAGUAUUUGAUCUCAUUAGCUUCUUCCCCCGAGAUGUCCGAUACAACAUGUACGCUGAGUGGUAUUCAGGACAGACGUCUCGACUGCCAGACAUUAAGGAGGCCUUCGACCAGGCGAGAGCAGAAACUAAGGACACCCUCAAGCGACUCAGCAAGACGAACAUUCGGCCCAUGGCCCGCGCAUUAGCCAAGAUUGCUUACGCCAAUCCCGGAAUCGUCAUCAACGUCGCCAUGAGCCAGAUUGAGUCAUAUGAAAACCUCAUUGAAGUUGUGGUUGAAUGCGCACGCUAUUUUACUUACCUUGGUUAUGACAUUCUAUCGUGGUCUCUCAUCAACUCGCUUGGCCAGAAAGGACGAAGUCGGGUCCAGGAAGGUGGAUUGUUGACUAGUCGAUGGUUGAAUGCCCUCUCCACAUUCGCCGGUCGUACUUACAAACGGUACUCGGUGAUGGACCCUACUCCAGUCCUCCAGUAUGUGGUGGAACAACUGCGACACAACAACUCAACCGAUCUCAUUGUGCUAGAGCAAUUGAUCAGCUCCAUGGCUGGCAUCAUCUCAGACAACGACUUCAAUGACGCUCAAAUUCAGGCCAUGGCGGGUGGUGAUGUUCUCCAAUCCCAGACCAUCUUGCAAUUGCUGGAUAAGCGUCAUGAGUCGAAGACCACCUCCAAGCGGUUACUCAAGUCAUUAACCCACACCAGACUCGCCGGUCAACUGCUAGUUGCCAUUGCCCAAGAACGACGGACAUGUGUUUACAAUGAAACUUCCUCGGAGCUCAAAUUGCUCGGCAAUAUAUUUGACGAGAUCCAUCGAAUUCUCACCCAGUACCUUGACUUACUUCGCAGCAAUCUCUCUGUCGAUGAUUUCGACUCCUUUGUUCCGGACUUUUCAUCCCUCAUCACUGAGUUUGGAAUUCAGCCCGAAAUCGCCUUCUGGAUUCGGCGACCCAGCAUCGCUCGGAAAAUAACCGACAUUGAAGAAUCAAGACAAGAGAAUGAACGUUUAGCCUCUGCAUCGAAGUCGAGUGGCGACAACAGGAUGGAUACUACCGAGGAUGAAGAAACACCUGCCAAGGCCGAGGAGAGUCCGGCAGACAAUGCCAUGGAUGUCGAUAAAGACGAUAAGGACGAAACGGGAAUUACGAUUCCGAUCGACGGACACGACGCUAUUGUUGUUCCUGCGCUCAAUGCUGAGCCAUUGGCAGCCAACCCCGUCAUGCAAGAUUUGAUUAACGAUGUCAAAUCUGCUCUUCCUGCCGAGACAUGGGAGACCGUCGGCGCACAUUUCUAUGCAACAUUCUGGCAGCUUGCCCUUUAUGAUGUCCAUAUCCCGCAGAAAUCCUACGAAGAUGAAAUUGACAGGCUCAAACGGCGAGUCGUCUCUAUCAACAGUGACCGAUCUGAUCUUAGCGUGGCGGGCACGACGCGAAAGGAGCAUCAGAAGCGCCAGAUUACUCAGCUACAGGAGCGGAUUCUGGAUGAGAAUAAGAAUCAUUUGAAGGCAUAUGGGCAGACACGAUCACGGUUGCAGAAAGAGAAAGACAAGUGGUUCGCCGGCAUGCGUCUCAAGCAUGACUCUCUCAAUGUUGCCCUUCUGGAGCAAUGCUUCAUUCCUAGGCUUCUCCUGUCCCCUCUCGAUGCCUUUUUCUCCUUCAAGAUGUUGAAGUUCUUGCACAGCUCUGGAACCCCCAAUUUCCGGACCGUCGGUCUCCUUGAUCAGCUUUUCCGCGAGCAGAGACUCACUGCUCUUAUCUUCCUGUGCACAUCCAAAGAAGCGGACAAUCUUGGUCGUUUCUUGAAUGAGAUUUUGCGUGAUCUUACUAGAUGGCAUGCCGACAAGGCGGUCUACGAGAAAGAGGCAUUUGGUGCCAAGAGAGACCUUCCUGGCUUCGCAAAAAAUGUCGACCCUGAAGGUGUGCCGGUGAUGUUUUUGGAAUUCGAAGACUUCCGCCGUCUCCUGUACAAAUGGCACCGUUUGUUUUCUAACGCGCUGAAAAGCUGUCUCAACAGCGGCGAAUACAUGCAUAUUCGAAACGCAAUCAGUGUGCUCAAGGCUGUUGUAAAGCAUUUCCCUGCUGUGAACUGGAUUGGUCGCGACAUCUUGAACUGCGUUGACUACCUGAGCAAGAAUGACGAGAGAGACGACGUGAAGAUCCCUGCCGCAUCUCUGAUCGGUGACCUUAACCGGCGCGAGAAGAAGUGGAUGCUGCCACAGGCUUUCUAUUUUGUGGCAGCCCAGCCUGGUUCUCAAGCAUCUGCCGACGCAUCUGGAAAGCCUGGGACUCCGCAAUCUGCUACAACACCUUUAAAUGCCUCAGCCCCAGAAUUCAACCCCACUGGAACCUCAAUCUCCGAUGGCAUUGCCAAGCAGGAACAGUCUGGUAAGACUGAAGUCGAGGAUGGUGAAAUAGAGGAUGCGAAAAUGACCGAUGUCGGCACAGGGAAGGGUGUUGAAGCCAAGGCGACCGGAACACCCUCGCAGGCCGGAUCUACCACCCCCUCCAUUGUCACUGGGGAUACCAGCCAUGAUGGUAUAUCCGGCGAACAACCCCCUGUGCGGUCUCGACCGCAUUCUCGUCCCCCCACUUCGUCCCGUCAGCCUGACAUUCCUAAAAGACCUGAUAUUCGCGAACAAGUCCAUCCUCCCGUUCGUCCCCCACCGCGACACAGCGAUGGAAGACUUCCUCCGCGCCCUGAAGGAUUGGAUGGUCGACGAGAGAGACAUCCCGACUUCGGACCUCGCGGUCGUCAUGGCGGCCCUGAUCAUAACCGCUCCUUUGAUGGUCCUCUGAACGAUGUUCGAGGACGUCUCAAUGAGCAUCUCAACGAACGUGAACGUGAUCGUGAAUUCGCCAUGAGACCCCCAGCCGAUGAUCUCAUGCGUGGACCACCUCGCGAUGCUCGUUCUACUCGUGAGAAUGGUUGGCCUAUGGAUAGGCCUGGCCGCAUGCGUGGCCCCGGACCAAAUGAUUCGUUCCAUGGACGCGAUCCCUCUGUACGGGGAGAGCUGAUGCCCGAUCCUAUGGACCGCUCAGUCGAUAUCCCUCGACGUGGAGAUAUACCUAGACCAGAGAAAGACGACAGAAGGCCCUAUCCGUCGCGCCCUCUGUCGCCGCCCAGACCCGCCGACCUACCGAACCGCCCCGAACGAUUCCCACCACCCGACGAUCGCAGACCUGCUGGAUUCCCUUCGUCCUCCCGUAUUGAUGAUCUCCCCAGGGGUCCUCGCACCGAUCGCCAAGUUGAUCCGAGGGACACUGCACCAGGUCCUGAUAUGACUCAUGGUCGGCUUCGACAGCCGGAACCUGUAUCUGAGAUUCCUGCUGGCCCUCGAGGAAGACGCGGUGGGCGUAACAUUCCUGGACAGGUGCCUGCAGUGCUCAGCUCAAGCAAUGCUACAUUGCCCGCUACGGAACGCCAGGCACCUACAGGCCCUGGCCGACAAAACGGCCGUGGGCCACCCGAGCAACCCGCUACUCCAGCACAACCCGCAGGCUCGAGUACUGCCCCGGGGAUUCAUCCAGAUCGCCUCAGGAAUCUUGUCAAUGAACCUGCAGCCCCCGCUGCUGCCCCCUCGGGCCCUCGCGGAUUAAACCUACAGCAAGCACCUCGAGGACCCUCUGCGCAGUCUGCGCAGUCAGGGCCGCCUGGACAGGGCUUCGGUGGAGAGCGUGGUCGAGGCGACAAACGUUUCGCAGGCCUCAACAAUAUGCUUCAGCAGUCUGGCGGUGGCGGUGGUGACCGGGGUGGUAAUCCUCCGCCUGUUCGCGGAAGAGGCUCCAACCGCCCCCCCAAGCACCGUCGAGGCACCAUCGCCUCAGUCUUCAAAUCCGGCAGCCGAAGUGGCGAUCUGCUUGAUGAUGUCGUUCCUGAGGCAGGUCGCUCUGGACAAAUUGGCAGUCGCAGCCGUGAAACGGAGCCUCGUGAGAAAGAGGCCGAGCGUCGUGAUGGUAGCAGCAAUGGUCGCAAUCGACGCGAUGGCCGCCGAAAUGACCGCGAACGCAGCCGUCGAAGCGAUGUAGGUGGUGGAAGCCGCGACGAGAAGGGCACUGGUGAGCCCCGUGAGAGCUUGCGCCGGGUUCAGAGCUCACGCGAAGAGUUGCGACGUCGAGAUCGCCGUGACCGCCCGGAUGGACCGUCGGAAAUGACUGGACCAACCCCUGGUGGCAGUGAGACACAUGAGGCUGAAGGCCGUUUGCGACCCCCAUCUUCCAUGGAGGCGCCGCCACCACCCCCUCCUCCUCCACCUCCGCCCAUGCCUGAAGGAAACGAGCGUCGUUUUAAUUCUGGCGACCGGGGUAGCCGUUCUGAUAAUCGGGACCGCGAGCGUGAGCGCCGUGGCGACCGACGUGACCGGGACCACCAGCGCGAGGGUGGCAGCGGCUCUGGGCACCGUAAACGUGGUCGACAAGGUCCUGACGAUAGUGCUGAUGGUGGACGCGGCAUGAGAAUGGGAAAUGAUAACAAGCGUCCUCGUCGAGGAGCAUGA